AUGUCAUCCAAGUCCGGCAAGCCUCGCAAAUCUUCCUGGGAUCGUAACACACAGGAGCAAAUUCGGAAACGACGGCAUAAUCUAUUCAAGAGGAUCAAAGAGUUCCACGAUCGCUAUGGCAUAGAGACUUGGUGCACCAUGAGGAUGCCGAGCGGGCGACUCUAUGUCUUCAACACAAAUCCAGAUGAGCCAUCACCUCCAACAGGAGAGACUGAACAUGAGGUGACUAUCAUCCACAAGACGCCUGCCGACUAUGCACCCAAGCAGCCGUCAGUAUCUCCGGUCAAAGCACCCCCAGCUCUGCCAUUUCAUGAUCUACCGUGCUUUGUACAUGCGGCGUUGGAAACGGUGCACGAUAUCCAUGCGCCCCAUGUGCUCUCGCUCCCUCCUUCCUGGGCGUUUGUCUGCUAA